AUGAGUUGGAAAGGCUUCUCGAAGGGCGUUACGAGGGUAUGGAAUCUCGAUGCCUGCGGGCCCAAUAGCAGGGUCGGGGAGGAAAGAGAUGUACUGACACCGGUUGCAGGCGCCGCAAACCUUCAAGCAGCGCUUCAGUAUGGGCGACAUCACCAAGGACGCUAUAUACAUCGAUGCCGAACGCCGAUUCGCCGAGAUGGAGAAGGAGACCAAGAAGCUGCAUGACGAGAGCAAGAAAUACUUCGAUGCGAUCAAUGGCAUGCUGGAUCACCAGAUUGAAUUCUCCAAAGCAUGCGCCGAAAUCUACAAACCAAUUUCAGGCAGAGCGAGCGACCCGGACUCGUACGUAGUAGAUGGCAAUCCAGAGGGAAUUCGCGCCUGCGAGGAGUACGAGAACAUAGUCAACGAGCUGAAGGCUAGCCUGCAACCGGAGCUCGAAAUGAUCGAGAACCGCGUGGUCAAGCCGGCCGACGAGCUGAUGGAGAUCAUCAAGCUCUGCCGCAAGACAGCAGUCAAGCGAGAUCAUAAGCAGCUAGACUACGAUCGGCACAAGAACAACCUGAAGAAGCUGCAAGACAAGAAGGACAAGUCGCUAAAGGACGAGAAGGCUCUCUACAAGGCCGAGAACGACGUCGAAAUGGCCACUCAGGAAUACGAGUACUUCAACAACUUGUUGAAGGAGGAAUUGCCCCAUCUCUUCAGUCUGGAGAGGGAGUUCAUCCUGCCUUUGUUCCAGAGCUUCUACUACAUGCAGCUCAACGUCUUCUACACGCUCCACGAAACGAUGCAGAGUAUCGACAUUGGCUACUUCAACCUUACGUUGGGUAUCGAGGAGGCAUUCGAGGCCAAGCGCGGCGAAAUUCAAGCACAAACGGAGGCGUUGUCAAUAGUCAAGUUCAAGACGACAGGACGCCCUCGCCCACCGCCGGCGUUGAAGUAUGGUAACAGGUUGGCGAUUGAAAAUGGAAAACCUGGCUCAUCUUCAAGCUCUGUCCCACCGAGCAGAAGACUUACGCAUGACUCCUUCGAUCAAGCACCACCUGCGUACUCAGCAGCUGGCGAAUCAGACAUUGGCCGCGCAAACAGCACCGGUAGUAACUGGGUAGCAGCUGCAAAGGCGAAGGCUGCGCCUCCACCACCAAAGCCGAAGCCAUCUCGAUUGAGCGGCCACCCAGGCACAGAAACAGUCACCGCAUUGUACGAUUACGAAGCACAAGCAGAAGGGGAUCUUUCCUUCACCGCUGGCGACACAAUCGAGAUCAUUUCACGGACGGACAACACCAACGAAUGGUGGAUCGGACGGAUAGGGGUAAAGCAAGGCCAGUUCCCAGGUAUGUCCACUUUCGCUUGUCUAGGCUUGCAUGCAUGCUAACUUCCCAAAGGCAACUACGUGCAACUGAACUCAUAG